CAUUGGCUGCGGAGCCAAAGUGCCUAUGGUUGACACUCUACCUCUCGCCUCCCCUCUACUCCUCUGGAGGACUAGGGGACGCUCUAGCCCACGCCGGGCCGCAGUUGUCUGCUCCGAACGCUCAGACACGUGGGGGGCCGGGGGCAGAGAGGAAGCAGCGCAGCUGGGGGCAGCCAUGGAGCUGGGCACCUCCUGCUUCCAGUCGGACCUGGAUUUCUGCCCGGAGUGUGGGACCAUCCUGCCUCUGCCAGGCGUCCAGGACAAGGUGACGUGCGUGCGCUGCUCCUUCUCCAUUGACGUACGAGAUUUCGAAGGGAAGGUGGUCCAGUCCUGCGUCGAGUUCAACCGGCUGGGUUCCGUGCCUCUGAUGAUCGUGGGCGAUGGGCAGGAGGUCAAGGGACCCACGAUCGACAGGAAGUGCCCCCAGUGUGGUCACGAGGGCAUGGUCUACCACACCCGGCAGAUGAGAUCAGCGGACGAAGGACAGACCGUCUUCUACACCUGUGGCCGGUGCAAGUUCCAGGAGAAGGAAGACUCAUGAAUGGAGCAGCACGGGGGCAGGGAGCCAUGGACAAGAGAAGAUGAGGUGUAACACCCACCCGUCCUUUACCCAGAACAACUUGCCUCACCUCCUAAGGAGAUCCUUUUCUCGGCUCAGGCCCGGGUCGACCAAUGGGGUGACAGCCACCACCACCCAGCGUUCACUGCCACCAGUGCCUGCAGCCCAGUGAAGCAAAGGAGGGGCGUGAACACAACCCCGGCCCUGCAGAGGUGACUCUGAAAGGUGUAACCACGGGGGAUACCACAUCCCCACUUCACAUCCUCUAGGGGAACCUCAAGUCCUGAGCCCCAGGGGAUGUAGAUCCAUUUGUGGAGAGCUCAAGACUCUUUAAGGCUGCUCUGGCAGUUCCGACGCUGGACCCCAGCUGCUGCGUUCUCUGGGGAGAGCCUGUUGGUGUAUUGUGCUUUGUCGGGGGAGAUAGGGGGGUUGCUCCCCUCUUUCAGGAUCGUGGGCUCUGGAGGACAGACCAGCUGGGGAGUCCUGGGUGCAUAUUAUUGGGCAAGGCUACAAUCUCAUCCUCCAAGGAGAAGUAAAUAAAAUCCUAUUUUGUACAUGAA